UCAGUCCCCGCUCCGAGCCGCGAAGCCGCGCCAUGUUCCGCCUAAUGAUGCUGCUCGCCGGGCCCGGUGGUUUGCUGGCAGCGAGACCCGGUUCUCAAAAUUCAUUUCUACAAAUAAUAUUUCCCGAGAAAAUUCAAGCAAAUACAAGUGAUGAUUCAGAACUGGAAAACGAACAGAUAUCCUUUGUUAUCCCGAUAGAUGAGAAACUGUAUACUGUGCACCUUAAGCAAAGAUUGUUUUUAGCAGAUAAUUUUAUGGUCUAUUUGUAUAAUCAAGGAUCUAUGAAUUCUCAUUCUUCUAAUAUUCCGACUCAUUGCUACUACCAAGGAUAUAUUGAAGGAUAUCCAAAUUCUCUUGUCACACUCAGCACGUGCUCUGGACUGAGAGGAAUAUUGCAAUUUGAAAAUGUUUCCUAUGGAAUUGAGCCUCUGGAAUUGUCAGUUGAAUUUCAGCAUCUUCUUUAUGAACUUAAGAGUGAAAACAAUGAAUUUGCAAUUUUUUCUGAAAAUAGCAGAAGCAUAGAGACAAAACCAGUGGACUCUAAUAUUUUUACAGGUGAAAAAGCAGAAGCAGCCGUUCCAAAUUUAUAUCCUCUUUACCUAGAAAUAUAUAUUGUUGUGGACAAAACUUUGUAUGAUUACUUGGGCUCUGAUAAUACGAUAGUAACAAGUAAAAUUGUUGAACUUACUGGCCUUGUAAAUUCGUAUCCCAAGGAGAUAACUUCGGAGGCAUUUUCAGUUACUGUUGCCCAGUUGCUGGGACUUAGUCUGGGACUAUCGUAUGAUGAGCCAGAGGAAUGUCACUGCUCGGGAGCUAUCUGUAUAAUGACUCCAGAAGCUAUGCAAUCCAGUGGAGUGAAGACUUUCAGCAAUUGCAGUUUGAGUGACUUUGAAAAUUUCAUUUCAAAUGUGGGUGCCAGAUGUCUUCAGAAUAAACCGCAAAUGCAAGUAAGGGCUUCAGUCUGUGGCAACCACAAAGUGGAGGCAAAUGAAAUCUGUGACUGUGGUUCUGAGGAAGAAUGUGGACCUGAUAGCUGUUGUGAUCCUCGUACUUGUACACUGAAACCAGGAGCACACUGUGAUACAGGAUUAUGCUGCAAGAACUGUCAGAUUGCUGAAUCAGGUUUUGAAUGUAGGCCCCGUGUGCAUCCUGAAUGUGACAUUCCAGAGUUUUGUAAUGGAAGUUCAGCAUCCUGUGAUCCUGAUGUAACUAUACACAAUGGACAUUUAUGCAAAAACAACCAAUUUUUGUGUUAUGAUGGAGACUGCCAUGAUCUUGAUGCACGAUGUGAGAAAUUAUUUGGAAAAGGCUCAAGAAAUGCACCAUUUGCCUGCUAUGAAGAAAUACAACCUCAGAGUGACAGGUUUGGGAACUGUGGUUUGACCAACAAAGUCAGAUAUAAAUAUUGCUCAUGGAGGAAUCUUAUAUGUGGAAGAUUAAUUUGUACCUACCCUACUCGAAUUCCUUUCCGUAAAGAAAAUGUUGCUGUGAUUUAUGCUUUUGUGAGAAAUGCUUUAUGUGUAACUAUAGACUUCAGAUUACAUUUAUCAGUUCCAGAUCCAAUGGUGGUCCGAAGUGGCUCUCAGUGUGAUACAGGAAGGAUUUGUGUUGAUGGUGAAUGUGUAGAAUCAAGGAUACUCAUGAAUGAAUCAAAAACUUGUUCAGAAAAGUGCAAUGGAAAUGGAGUGUGCAAUUCCAAACAGAUGUGCCACUGUUUUGAGGGCUUUAAUCCUCCAGAUUGCCAAACUCGUGCCAAAGUUGCUGCUAGAUUGCAUGGGAAACAAGGCUUAAUCAUGGAAAGAGUUUUUAGGAAGAUUGAAAAGAACAGAUGGCUUCUAGGUGUCUACCUUUCUGUACCCAUUCUCAUCAUAGCAACCAUAAUAGCUGUGAAAUGGAAUAGUUUGAAAAGUCGGUUCACAAAGGAAGAGGAGGCACCAAAUAACGAGUAA